GGCGCUAGGACCCGCCCGGCUGCCGCUCUCCCUCUUUGGAGCCGGGCGUCCCAGGGGGGCGGCCGCCCCCUUAAAAUAGCCUGGGCUGCGGCCGGCCGGAUCCGAGAUGGCGGCUGCGCGGCACGACCCCCCCACGCGCUUCCACGGGGUCCACGGGGCCCACGUGUGCCUGGACGCCUCCCGCACGCGGGCCACCCGCGUGGAGAGCUUCGCGCACGGGCUGUGCUUCAGCCACCGGCCGCUGGAGCCCGGCCAGAUCUUCCUGGUGGAGAUCGAGGAGAAGGAGCCGGGCUGGUGCGGCCACCUGCGCGUGGGGCUCACCGCCCACGACCCCCGCAGCCUGGCCGCCGUGCCCGAGUACUCGCUCCCGGACCUGGUCAGCCUGGGCGACAGCUGGGUCUUCGCCAUCACGCGCAACCACAACCGCGUGAGCGAGGCGCCGGCCGGCGGGCGGGGGCUCCUCUGCGGCCCCCACCUGCUCAUCGAGCAAGUCCGCAUCCCCCGCGACAAGCUGGUGGGCCGGAGCCGGCCGGGCCGCUACAGCCACAUCCUGGACGAGCUGUACAAAGCCAACGUGCUGCCGCCCACGGCCCGCAAGAGCCGCAUCGGGGUGCUGUUCACGCCGCAGCCGGACGGGACGGCCGACAUGCACAUCGUCAUCAACGGGGAAGACAUGGGGCCCAGCGCCCGGGGGCUGCCCGGGUCCCGCCCCCUCUAUGCCGUGGUUGACAUCUUUGCUUCCACCAAGAGCGUCCGAAUCAUCCAGGUGGAAUACGGCUGUAGGUAUUGCGCAGUCUGUCCAGGGAACACCGCCCCCUUAGAUUCCCCCCCCCUUGAGCCUCGCUAA